AUGUGCCUAGGGAGAAGACCUAAAAGGAUCAAGAUCGGUGAUGUUCUUGUUAAUUCAUACUUUGGUGGCUCUGAAUUCCUACUUGUCAUUGGAUGUGGGAUUGAUACUACACAUCCGAACCCAACGACGUCCAUCAAUCAUCUUAUUCGAUACCAUAAUAAGAUCAGAGGCAAGGAUCUGGCACUCCUUUCGCAAGAAACAGUGUUAGCAGAGGUGUUGAUUAAAUUUGAACGACUCUACAAACAGUUUUUAGGAAGGAAUGGACAAGGAGGUUCCAACAGUUUGAACAGAUGUUAUAUAAGCAGUGUUUACAUUCGGACGCAAAUGUGGUGUUGA